UUCUAGUGUUCUACAUUGAUCAGUAAAAUCUUAGACUCUUAGCUAAAAGAUUUAUGACAGACAAUUAAAUCUAUGAGUUUGUUCCUGAACAAGUUGAUUUGGUCUUUGAUUAGCUGGAAUGAGAUCAAGUGAUCGAUACCAAGACACAGUGUUUCAUGUUUUCUACAAUUCCCAUGACAGGUUAUGCUUCAGCUACUUGUACUAUAGAAGCAGUUUUGAAGGAUCUUAUCUCUUUGUGAUGUAUACCUUCAAUAAAAUUUUAUUAUGUUCAAGUAAUAUAUUAGGAAGCAAUUGAGUUUAUACUGUGUGAUAUUUAAAGUCUUUUCCUGUUAUUUUGAAAAAACUCUAGUAACUAGGUAAAAUACCAAGAUUUAUAUAAAAUUUACGAGUAGCUCUUUUUGAUGAUGGUUUGUUUGUGUUGGAGGAUUUCUUUGAGAAUAGGAGUGAUAAUAUGAUAAAUUUUCCAGCUUCAUAAUUAUGUGCAGAUGCUGCUAACUAUAAAAACCAUAGUUGAUGUCUGUUCUGUUGGUUAUCUUUUUGAGAAUCCUUGUAAUAUAUAUGUUCAGUAUCAUGAUACAACUGAUUAAACCAUACUUGAAUGUACUGGCGCCAAGUGUUUCCGAUAAUUACCACUUAUUCUAGAAGGCCCGUGAUAACGACUUUCUUACUGUUUGUCUCUGUUUGCAAUUAAAAGGUUUCAUCUUUUGAGGUAUAUAUACCUGAUAAUUUCAAGUUCGAACUUUGUAUAACAUUUCUAUGCGCGACUGAAAUGACUUAAAAAGCUUGUUUAGCCAAGAGUUAUCUUUAUAUUAUGUGAAAAUAAGUACCUAACUUAAAUCGUAGCCAAACAUGCUGUAAGUUAAUGGAUAAUUUUAAAAAAGCUUUUCCUUGAAAUAAAUAUUGAGUCUCUACAGUAAAAAGAAACCACUCUAUGUGGCGUAAGCAUACAGUUAAAAGGUUAUAUAUUCUGAAUUUAUCUGUGCAUAAGUUAUGCUUGGAACACUUCCUCCCUUUUUUGUCAAUAACAAUUUUACUUUACAUUUUUGCAACAUCUUCAGUGGAUCCUUUUUCUGGAAUCACUAUUGGAAGAUGACAUCACUUAAGUAGACUUAAGUAAGUUAAUGAUUUGAUAGUUAGUGCCUAAGCAAUGCUGUAUCGCAACUUGAUACUAUGAUUCGAACAAGUUGCAGUACAAUUCUUGGUCAAUUUGUAUCCCCAAUUUUGAAUAGGCUGAAUAUAGUAGAACCUGCAAGAACCAUAAAAGUUAUGAGAACAGUCACAAUGUACGAUAUAGAUCAAAAUGAACAACAGCAUUAUGUGAAGAUAAUUGAGGUCUAAUUUAAUUGCUGUGUUUAAGCAAUACAUCACUCUUCAUCUUAAAUAUGCUUGUCAGCCAUGAAUAGCAUUAAUUAUAACUGUUGGAGAUUGUUUAUAUAUAGAUUUCAAGCCUUAAUAUUAUAUUGAAAUCAUAUUAAAAGCCCAUAGGAUGCAUAUAUAAUUCGGCUUAUAUCUUACUUUUAUACUGCAUUAGAGAUGCUGAAAGUGAAAGAAUUGACUUAUACAUAAUAAAGAUAAAUGUCUUAAUCCAGGACCCUUUCAAAUCUUACAUCUUCACCUAAAAGGAUUGGAAAUAGAUUCUUUGAUAAUGAUAGGGUAUUAAGAUAACAGUACUUGAUUGACACCUCUCCUACUUUGCUCUGCUUCAGUAUCCUUUUAGUCUGCUGCCGUCCCAUGCUUAAUUCUGCUGUACAGAUACUCUUGUGUUCUUACCGUAUAGCCUUCAAUAAUUGUUUUUCAAAUCAUUAAUGAAAUAAAUUAAAUACAUACUUAGUGAAUGCUAUUUAUAUCUAUUAUACUACCAAGUCUGGUCAAAGAUUCUGAAUCGGCAUAUAGGAAAAGCUAUUAUGUUAAUUUGCUGUUUGUGUCUUUAGGAAAAUCCCAUCACCAAAACAGAGACAUAUUAAAUUGUGUCUGUUUGACUGCCAUACAUGUCUAAUAAAAUGAAAGAGUUACUUACUCUAUUUAAGUAGAUCAGUUUGAGUAUCGCAAGUCCAAACCAUUUUAGUCAUGGACUGGACUUGGCUAGCAAUUGCAGUUGUACUUGCUUACCUUCUCCAAACAUGGUUGAAGAAAAAAACUAUAGGAAGAAACUUACCACCAGGUCCAAGAGGCCUUCCCAUAUUGGGACACCUCCAUCUGUUGAGUAAAAACCCUCACCAAGAUUUGCAAAAACUGGCUGAAAAACAUGGCCCCAUUAUGUCAAUGCAUUUUGGAUUUGUUCCAAACAUCAUUGUGUCGUCACCUCAAGCAGCUGAGCAGUUUCUUAAGACCCAUGACCUUAAUUUUGCUGGUAGGCCAUCUCUUGAGGCUGCUAAGUACAUUUCCUAUGGCCAAAUAAACUUGUCAUUUUCAACAUAUGGUCCCUAUUGGCGCAAUAUGCGCAAGUUGUGUACACUGGAUUUGCUCAGUAAUCUCAAGAUCAAUUCUUUUCAAGCUAUGAGAAAGGAAGAGCUUGAGCUGUUGGUAGAUCAUAUAAAAAUUGCAGCUCGGGAAAGAACUGCUAUUGAUCUUGGUACCAAUGUCUCUUCUAUGAUCUCAGAUAUGACGUGUAGGAUGAUUUUUGGGAAAAGAUUCGAGGACAAAGAUUUGAAAGGGAGAGGGUUCCAAGCCGUGAUUCAAGAGGGAAUGCAGCUAGCAGCCGCCUUUAAUCUUGGUGACUAUUUCCCUUAUCUUGGUGUACUUGAUCUACAGGGAAUGACUAAAAAAUUGAAGGCUAUAGCAGCACUAUUUGAUAGUUUUCUGGAAAAAAUUCUUGAUGAGCAUGAACAGUCAAAGGAGGAUAAGCAAACCAAGGACUUUGUUGACACCAUGUUGGACAUCAUGAAAUCUGGAGAGGCGGAGUUUAAGUUUGAUCGUGCCCAUGUCAAAGCUACACUACUGGACAUGUUUGGUGGUGGAAUCGACACUGCUGCAACUGCCAUCGAAUGGCUAUUCUCUGAACUCUUAAGAAAUCCACGAGUAAUGAAGAAAGUUCAGAAAGAAUUGCAAGAAGUAAUUGGUCCGGACAAGAUGGUGAAGGAAUCAGAUCUAGAAAGCUUAGAAUACUUGGAUAUGAUUAUCAAAGAAUCCUUUAGGCUUCACCCAGUGGCACCGUUAUUACUCCCUCAUGAAUGCAUAGAGGACUGCACCAUUGAUGGCUUUUAUAUUCCUAAGAAGUCCCGAAUAAUUGUGAACACAUGGGCUAUAGGCCGGGAUCCCAAGGUAUGGAAAGAUGCAGAAACUUUCAACCCAGAAAGAUUUGUUGGGAGUACUAUAGAUCUUCGAGGACGUGAUUUCGAACUUCUUCCAUUUGGCUCUGGAAGAAGAGGGUGUCCUGGAAUACAAUUGGGUCUCACUGUGGUGCGUCUAGUGGUAGCUCAAUUGUUGCAUUGUUUUGAUUGGGAACUUCCAAACGGAAUGCAGCCAUCAGAACUUGACAUGACUGAGGAAUUCGGGCUCGUUGUUGCAAGGGCUACGCACCUUAUGGCCAUUCCGACCUGUCGCCUUCACCAAAGCUAGGCGCCAAUCAAGUAAUACCGCUUGCUAUAAACAUUCCAUCAUGUACUUGCUUUUAUGUAGUAGUGCAUUUAAGUGUCUUGUACACAGGUAUCGUAACCCAGAAAAACCUCUAUGUACUGAGAUGAAUAUGCAUUGAGAGAAAUGCUUCCUUUUGUUUUA